AUGCGGCGGUGGACCGGACCGGACCGCAUCAGCGCCCUCCCCGAUGACCUGCUCCUCCUCGCCGUCGGCCGCCUCCGCUGCGCCCGCUUAGCAGCGCGCACCAGCGUCCUCGCCCGCUGGUGGCGCGGCCUCUGGUGCCGCCUCGGCCAGAUCGUCUUCCACGAUGUCCCGUUCGGCUGGCUCGAAGCGGCGCUCGGCCACGUCGACAAUUCCGCGGUUUCCCUUCUAGAAAUCCGUGUCCCCCGUCAGCGAAUGCCUAGCCCCGACCCCGCCGGCGUCAGCUCGCUGCUGAACGCCGUCGCGCGGCUCACGCCAGAGAAGUUAGUCUUCGCCCUCCCCGGACAUUUAAACAACAGUUCCAUCGACGUCAACCUGUCUUGCUUCCAGCGCGCCACCUCCAUCGAGCUGGACUCACGUCUCCUCUUCCUCCGCGUGCCGGCUGGCAUCGACUUCCCCGCGCUCGAGACGCUUUCUCUGUCGGGCAUGGUCCCGGAUCUCGACCCCUUGCUCUCCGGCUGCCCGCGCUUGCGCACACUCCGGCUCGGGAGCAUUGCGGUUGCAGAUGACAGGGACGAGCUGAGGGUCAACUCGGCAUCGCUGCACGAGCUCGUCGUGGACCUCUCGCGCAACUGGACACGCCAUCGCCAUGUCAACAUCGUUGCCCCCGUGCUUAAGCAAUUGACUUCCUCAUUUGUCGCCUCGAAUGUCACCAUUUCCUUCAUGGCACCGAUGGUGGAGAAGGUUCGGUGGGACUGCUCGUACUGCACCUAUGACAGGGCGUCUAUUGUGUUUGGUCUUUGGCGACUCGAGCAGAGCUCGCAUGCUUUACACAGUGAAGGGGACACCUUUGCGCAGGAGAUAGAGAAGCAUAUGAUUGCCGAGUUUUCUGUUUUGGAGCUACAUCUCAUAGCAAAUGGACAUGUUUUCGGAGCACUCAUGUUUCAUCUCUUAGGGGUGAUUCAGAUUUGUAGGUCUAUGCAGAGGCUGAAGGUGAAAGAAGAAUGCCCAUUUGGUUGUCCUUGUGAGCCUUCCUACUGGAGAUCCCAAACAAUCUCCUUGUCUGCUCUGGAGGAAGUGGAGAUCAACGGGUUCGAAGGAGAGAACCAUGAGUUUGAUUUAUUGAAACUGGGGCGGGACUGCUUCGUCUUCCUCGAUGGUCUGGGCACCAUCAGGGUGGACAACCGUGCCCGUCUUUGCAGGGUGGGGCAGGAUGUGGACGGCUGCUGCUGGCCAAAUUUUGUCCCCGUUGACCGAUUUGGGUUCGCUGGUCACUGCACUAUAUUAGGGAACCGCGUGGUGUGCGCCUUCAUCAUGGUAUGCCGUGGGACUGAAAAGGAGGAGCCUUUCUAUCCCAUCGGCAAGAUAGGUCGUUGGGGGUUGGUGUCGUUUUGUGGGGCGAGGCUGUGA